UUUUAAUUUAUUUAUUUAUAUAUUUAUCACCCUGCAUUUUGCUAAUGGAAUUAUUAAUUUUGUAAUGGAAACAACUUUUCUAAAAUGUAUUUUAGUAUUUUAAUUAUUAUAUUUUAAGGUGAAUGUGUAGUCAUAUUAGGCUGGGACAGUUAUAGUGCUGUAUAUAGGUUGUUUUCUUUUUAUGUAUUAAUGUCAUAGGUUAUGGUGAAGGACACGUCACCUGUGUUUAAAAUGUCUUUUACUUUGACUUUACUUGCAUAUUUGUAACUGUAAUGUCAGUGGCGACACAAAUAGCACUUGGAAUCACCCUUAAAAGUGUAUGUGACCCGGAAAUACAAGUCAUACACGUACCAUAAAGGUUAACACUCUUGUCCACAAAAACCGCAGGGCGACGCCACCGCUAAACCAGCUUAAACAUCAGGAAACUGACAUUCACACCUUUACUGUACAUCUACAUAAACUAAAUCACGCCGUAUAAGCCUAUAGCUUGUCGUAUAAGCCUACGUCAAAGCGCAAUUUAUCGUAACGACUAUUUUCACUUCUAUAUUUUCUCAGCCGGAAGAAACUAGAUACCGUAUCACAAACGACCCAAUUCUCUCUGCAGAAGUGCACUACACAGGGUACAAUAACACGGCGUCGGCAACCUACGUAGCCCACUGUGUGUCCAUUAGGAAGGCAUUUGGAAUUCGGCCACAGCGGAAGUGUCCUACGGGGUGUGAAGAUGGACUGUGUGUGGACGAUAUAAUUUUCGUUAUGGAGUGGAGAAUCGUUUUUCUUGUGUGUGAAGUGUUCUUCAUAAAACAUUGUGCAUGUUCGAGCAAAUUAUCACCACCGCGCCGUGUUAAUGUCCGGUCAUCAGUGUUAACAUGGGAUCCUCCAGUAGACCACACUGGCAUCACGUAUGCUGUUCAGUACAACACGACAUUGAGUGACUGGUCUGGCGUGUACAACAGCCCUCAGAGGAUGUUCAACUUCACAGCAGCUGCUGAGGAUUUCUAUGGAAAGAGAUUUCGUGUGCGAUCAGAGAGAGGGAACCAAACAUCAGACUGGGAGAUGUCAAAGCUAGUCCAAUGUGCACACCUUCACACAUGUGCUCCUAUAAUAGAGCUGAAGGUGGAGACAGACAAGGUGCACCUGUUGAUGAAACACAGAGACCAGAGUGUGAAGGAGGAGAACGGUCGACAUAUCAGCUUCAAACCACUGUACUGGAAAAGAAACGGCACUAAAAACAAACGGGUUUUCAAUUCCGACCACCUCGUCUUUAAAGACCUUGAAUCGGGAGAGGAAUACUGCUUCCAGGUCGAGUAUCUGCUUUACGAAAAGCCCCAUGGAAAGCCCAGCCGUGAAGUAUGUACAGUGAUCCCUGAAACAUCCAAACAGCGAAACUGGCGUGUUAUCAUGUUCGGUGUGCUAACUUUAAUAGGAUUGGCCAUCGUGGGAAGUUUCCUGUAUUUUUUUUACACACAUCACAAAAGGAUUAAAGCACUGCUCCAGCCCCCUCUGGACAUCCCUGAACACUUUGAAGAGUUUCUUUUCAGUGACUUCCCUCAGCACCCAGCUCCUCAUCCUGUGACGGAGUCGUAUAACUUUGUAAGUUUGGUGGAGGAGGUUGCAGAAGACCAGGACAGACGUGACUUGGAAAAUGACGUGGAAAAUGCGAGCUCCACAUAGUGUGUUCACCGUAUCUUCUCCUGAGGAACUUGUGAGGAAUCUGAAGACUGUAUUUUUGUACUUUAUAUUUUCAUACAUUGACUUUAUAAACGAUUGUCCUCUUGCUUACCUUCACGUUAACUGUUUAGCUUUAAAAUUCAUUUAAAAAAGAGUCAAUUUUUUCAGUUACACAUGAUUGUUCAGCAGUUGGAAAAUUGGAUGCUUCAGGAAGAACAACCAUGUUGAUCAAAGGAGCCAAUCUCAUGCCUGUGGACUAAUUAGUAUUUCUAGGCUACAUUUCGGUAAAGUAAUUAGAGAAAUGAAAUAAUCCUGUCGCAGUUGUGACUGUUAUUUACUGGUAACUUUUAGCUUUAUUUUAAAAUUGUGUGUGUGUGAUUUAAAAGGUGCACUUUGACACUUUAAACUUAAAUAAGAACUGUUUUUGACUGAUGAUCAUAACAUGCUGCAAUGUGAAAAUGUUAUUCUGUGAACAGGACUGUGAGUAACUGUAACUAACACAAAAGGUAUGAUAAUUGAACCUACUACUAAUAGAUUUUCUGCAUGUCAAAGUUCCUGCUUACAACUCACUAUUUUCAAAGUGAAAGCCAUGUCAAAUUCAGUAAUUUGGUUUGAAAACCCGCUUGAACGUUAUUAAACGGGCUUGUUACAAGAGUCACUCUUAGUCUCCAGUAGUUUUACAAUGUAAUCCUACUGUACCUUACAAUGUCUAACUUCCACGAGUACACUUGUUCUAUAAGAAGUACAUCUCAGCGGUGGCACUUUUAACACUGGUCAAUGAACCUCAUUUAUUAAACUGAUAUGAACAAAUUUAUUUAUAAAUCAUGUGUAUGAGCGUUUACACAAGAAAUUUGGUAAUCAUGAAAAUCCUAGAAAUAAAAUCGUUCGUAUCAUACUCGUGCUCCUGGGUGUGUGUAAAUUGAUGCAUAAAAAGACUAACUGAUGUAAAUCUCGACUCGAUCGACUUCAAAUCAUAUCAUUUGCAUGGAUUACUGCACUUUUAUAUUAGGAAUAUACUGUCAAGAGUAAACUACUUAUUUCUAUUGCAUUUACAGAAUUUAACAGGCGCCCUUAUAAAAGCGCUUCGGAGUCUCUAUCAAAAACACAUCCUUAUGCUAGUUCAUUAGGUCGGGACUAAGAGUACCAUCAAGAACAUUUUAUGAAAACCAGUAGUUUUAUAUUAUUGGAAUUAAUUAAAGAAUAUAAAGAAAGCAAGCCAACACAAACCCAUAAAUUAAGAGCAAUAAAUAAAACAAAUCAUUCAAUUAUGACGAACGAAAUGGUGCCGUAUUAACAGAGGACGGGUCGGUCUGUCAAAUAUGUUCAAACUACCUUCCACUUUACCCUGACUGUUCAUUUCGUGCUCCCAGCUGUCUGUGCACUUGACCUUUUAUGGCAUUUAUGGGCGUCACUACAUGCAAAUGAGCUGUGCUGGGAAUGCACUUUGCACUUUACAGUUGAAGCGUUUCCCAAACUUUUGUAAAUCCAAUGGAAAUUUUUUGUUUGGUUUGGCUUAUGGAACAUUUACACACACCUUUACUAAAAGAUUGAUAAAUGAGGCCCAGUGUCACAAAGCAUUAUGUAAGGUGAUGUGCUGCACCCGUUCAUUACUUUUCUGUGUGAAUUCCUUAGCCAUACCACUGUAGCGUUACCGAAUUACUAUUACAAAAAUCACCAUGUCUGUAAUAAUGCCUUAUGCAGCACUUUGUUGAUAACUUUUUACAGAUAAGCAGUGUGUGUUCUGAUUAUUCGGAUUUCAUAAAUAAUAACCACAGUAAAACGUACCUUUUGAAAGAAUGGUAGUAAAAGAAUUGUACUGUUUGGUCUUGAUCUUCAACUCAGAAUACUUUAAAAGAGAUUUGUUGUAGACUGGGUCAUGGCCACUAACAUCUUCAAUGGUAUAACAUUUUAUAACCAGUCCAGCCUUCAUGUAAACAUUAGUAUAUUCUUGUGUAGUUGUUUGCUAACAAGAAAGCCUUAAAGUGUAUUGUUAUUUUGAACAUGCAUACAUUUCGCCUUUAUUCUAUUAGUAUUAUUUUACUUUGUGCGCUGUUCGCUACUUGGCAAUGGAUUUACUGUUCACGGGUCAUAUUGACUUUGGGCUGAGACAGAAAAUAAUAUUUGAAAUGACAACUGUAAAUAUAUGUUUUGGGGGAAUAGUAAUGACAAAAAAAACUCUUGUAAUGCUGAGGACAUUACUACCAGCAGAUAAUCAGUUAUUUGUAAUCAAUUAUGAGUGCAAAUAAGACAUGGAGUAAAGUGACAGAGUGAACUUGUUCUUUCACUCUGUCUUUUUUUUUUUCUUUCUUUUUCCUCAAUCAAAAUGACAUUAAUUAUAUCCACAGAUUUCACUAUUAUGUGUAAAUUGUUGGGACCCUGGAUUGAUCCUGAGCUUUGUUUACUAUCUGUGUGGAGUUUCAAACAAAUCGGGGUCCCAUUUAUUACUUCAUGGUGUAUUGAUUGUCCUGCUUUGUACUUUCUACAAUGGAUUUUCAUAUCUUUUCACCUUCUGUUGUUUAUCUUUGUACCCACCACCAAAUUUUUUUCUUCUGUAAAUAAUACAAGUGUUAAUGUUUGUAGAAAGUCGUCCUUAUGCCUCUCUGUGCUUAAAUAAACAAUCCUUAAUUA